AUGGGUUUCAACACUGCUCUAGUGAAUAAAAUGGAGAACCUGUUUCUUGAUCAAAUCCCAGCGGUUGAUUUGAGUCGUUUCUCCCAAAACAGAAGCAACGACAGAUCAUCCCCCAAAAUUCCACCUUUGAAUGAAUUGCUACUGAUCAUGGACGUCAAAGAUUCCACCACCGCCUCCGCCACCGCCGCUCCUCCACAGUACCGCCGACCUCCUCGCCUUACAGACGAUUCCGACGACGUUAAACCGGGGAAUCCGCCACCUAUUACCGCUCAAAAGCCAGAACCUUUGUCCGAACCGAAACAUGAAAAGGAACAACAACACCAAUCCGCCAUUGCGGUUCCCUCUAAGGACCCUGAUGCCUUGGAUAGUGGUGGUGGAAUAAGCUUUGUGAGUGGAAGCAAAACUGCAAGAUUUAAGUAUGGGUAUGCCAGUUUCAAGGGUAAAAGAGCAUCAAUGGAGGAUUACUUUGAAACAACAAUAUCAGAAGUUGAUGGUCAAACAGUUGCCUUUUUUGGUGUUUUUGAUGGUCAUGGUGGUUCAAGAACAGCAGAAUAUCUUAAGAACAAUCUUUUCAAGAACCUAAGUGGUCAUCCAGGUUUUAUGAAAGACACAAAGACAGCCAUAGUUGAAGCAUUUAGAAGGACAGAUGCUGAUUACCUAAGUGGAGAAAAUCCACAGCAAAGAGAUGCUGGUUCUACUGCAUCAACUGCUGUAAUGGUUGGUGAUCGGAUUCUGGUAGCAAAUGUAGGAGAUUCAAGAGUUGUUGCUUCAAGGGCAGGAUCAGCUAUCCCUUUAUCAAAUGAUCAUAAGCCUGACAGAAGUGAUGAACGUGAGCGUAUUGAACAGGCUGGUGGCUUCAUCAUUUGGGCAGGAACAUGGCGUGUUGGUGGAGUUCUUGCUGUUUCUCGUGCCUUUGGAGACAAACUACUCAAGCCCUAUGUUGUAGCUGAACCAGAAAUUCAGGAGGAAUUAAUCGAUGGUGUAGAGUUUAUAAUUAUUGCAAGUGAUGGGCUUUGGAAUGUACUAUCAAAUAAGGAUGCUGUGGGUAUUGUGCAGGAAAUAAGUGAUGCAGAAGCCGCAUGUAGGAAACUUGUUCAAGAAUCAUAUGCAAGGGGCAGUUCUGACAAUAUUACUUGCAUUGUUGUACGUUUUGAGGACCAUUAAUAUAUAUAUAUAUAUACCUCAUGCUUGUUGUUGAUGUAAUAGUACUACAAAUCCCAGUUAAUUUGUUGUUGCAAGUUUGUAGCUAGUAAUCCUAAAUGGAAUUAAGCUUUUGUUUGUUCUAUGUUAUUUAAUGUUUAUAUAUAAUAGUGAAUGAUUUUAAUCAUCUGCCUGUUUGUUUUUUGGUGUUUAUUUAUAUGUAAAAAAGAAUUUUUCUGUGAUUUGGGUAUUAUUGUUGUUGUACAUGUAAAAUGGAUAAACACCAUUCUAGAGUCGCACAAUGUCAUGAUGGAAUUGGAUAAGCUUUGUAGGGUUGUUUUUAAUGAUUAAAAUAUGGAGAGGG